AUGAAUGGAUUCGAGCAUUCAGAUGCCUAUUUAGAAGCAUCAUCAGCUGAUGACCGCUACAUCAUAGUAUAUACACUGCUCAAGCUUGGCUUGAUUACAGGGAAAGUUAUGAUUUACACAAAUACAGCAGAGACUGGCUACCGAUUAAAGCUCUUUUUAGAGGAAUUCCACAUAAAGUCGCUCCUCCUUAACUACGAGCACCCUAAAAGCACUCGUCACUUAAUGGUCACCAACUUUGUAAACCAUAAUGAUGUUCUUGUGGUUAUUGACCCUGACGAAGAAGAAAGCCAAAAUAAAGGCUGCAAACGACACAAGAUCUUUAAAUGCCCAGUCUCAGUCCUCAUAAACUUCGAUUUUCCAUCGUCAAUAUCAAACUAUCGCAAGCGUGUCUCUGAUGUGUCUGACGAUAUCAACACAAAUAUGUCAAUUCUCAGUCUCAUCCUCCAAGAAGAUUUGCAUCAAUUGGAAAAACUCAAUAGACGUCUGGAGAAAAAGGAAGAGAAGCCAGUAGAAAAACUAGGCUUGAAAAUGGAAGAGUUUGAAAAAUUCAGGUAUCGCUGUGAAGAUAUUUUGAGGACAGUCACAAAGAAAGCUGUCCAUAAUGCAAGAAUGAACGAUGUGAAAAAAGCGAUAUUAGCGACAAAAGAAGUCAAAGAUAAAUUUAAUGAAAACCCACAGGAUAAAAAACUGCUGGCAGAAGCUAAAAAGAAAAAUAAGCCAAAAAGAUAUUUGGCAUCAGUUCCUGAUUAUUUGCUACCUGCUCCUUUAAAAAGAAAAAGAAGUGAAACAACAGCUUUGGAUAGGAAAAAAUUUGAAGAGAAAUUAGCAAAGAGACAACACAGAGCAGUUAGAGAGGUAGAACCUGGUGAAAAAAUUGAGGAAACCCCAGAAAGCAUAGCGUGGGAAGACUUGCCGCCAACUUCCAACAGAAAGCUAUGGAAAAUCCGCCAUCACAUGUCAUUGAAAGGAGGUCCCAGAAAAAUCCAUAAAAAGAAUUAA